AUGUCUCUCAUACCAUACACCUCUGAUUCUCAGGAGAUCGUUUUACGUCGUGGUAGUGCCAUUGUCGUUUACGACCCUGAAUCGCGACAACUGUCACUGCGUGGGAAUCCGCAGACGGCAAUUGGGAACCUCGAUCUGCAAAAAUGUCCAUACUGCCAUCGACCCCUGAACGAUGAACCAAAUCCACACCAGUACGAUUCCGAGGACGAGGGAGCUUCUUUGCACAAUCAGAGCUCUUUUGUCAACCCGGAGUACUUUCGCAUGCUAGCACAUAGUAUACCGAGCUCGGCAGCAACAUCCAGACCCGCUUCACCGCUCAAACGGCUUCCAGAUUUGCGAUCCGGUGGCUCCAGGAAUGUCACUCCGACUGGUGCAGAAUUUGUUGGUAGUGCUCCUUCUCCAGCUGCGACUGACCAAGGCAUCAAAGAUGACAGCUUCUUGCCAAACUACUUUAAGCAUUUCUUUGUCGAGAAACGCGAACUAGGCCGUGGGGGUCGUGGAGUUGUCCUCCUGGUCGAGCAUUUCCUGGAUAAGGUCUUCCUUGGAGAAUUUGCUUGCAAACGCAUCCCAGUUGGCUACGACCACGGCUGGCUCGAGAAGGUUCUAAUCGAAGUCCAGUUGCUGCAAAGGCUAACCCAUCCAAACUUGGUGUCGUAUCAUCACGUCUGGCUGGAAGAUGCACAGAUUACCAAUUUUGGGCCAAGCGUGCCAUGCAUCUUCAUCCUACAGCAGUACUGUAACUCGGGAGACUUGCACAAUUACGUCCUCGGCACGACACAAACCACGAGCCCAACUGAGGUCAUGAAGGAGCGUUUGAGAAGACGGUCAAAGGGUUUAGCAGAACGUCCAAUCGAUCUGGGACGUCGCACUAUGAACUUCGACGAGAUCUUCUCCUUCUUUCGCGAUAUCACUUCUGGACUGCAUCAUCUGCAUACAAACGGCUACAUUCAUCGAGAUCUCAAGCCGUCAAAUUGCCUGCUGAACAAUGACGGCCAGAAAAUGUCGGUUCACGUCUCGGACUUUGGCGAAGUACAGGCUGCGAACGAGCAACGCACCUCCACAGGAGCAACCGGCACAAUAUCUUACUGUGCUCCUGAAGUGCUACAGAGGCAAGGCUCAGGCUUUGGCGAGUUCACGACCAAAUCCGACAUCUUCUCAUUGGGCAUGAUCGUCUACUUCAUGUGCUUUGGCCGACUUCCUUACCAGAACGCCGACGCUGCCAACGAUGAAAACGAAGACCUCGAUAAGCUACGGGCCGAGGUAUCAGCCUGGCAUGGAUUUGACGAUGUGACUAGAGCGAGAAAAGACCUACCAGAAAAACUCUACAAGUUCUUGAAGAGGCUGUUAAGUCCUAAUCCAGCAGAAAGACCAAGCACAGAACAAAUCUUGCAAGCCAUCAAAGCUGGAGGCGAGAUUGACGACAUACCUAUGAAUCCUGUCCGGACAACAGGAGACCAGUCUCCAGAUCUCGGCAAUAUGGGUUCACGCAUCUCGUCGGUGGACUCGCCUGCUCCGAAGAAAGCCACGCGAUCAAAUACCAAUCCGGCUUUCUCUAGACCUGGACUAUCGCAGCUAGCAAGACAUCAAUCAGGCGAACUCGUGCAUUCGCGCAGUCCACCUUUGCAACCACGCUGCUUUAGCAAGGAUGUAAGCAGAAGCACCAGUACUGACACCAAUACACCAUCACCUCCAGAUGCCUCGACACUUGCUUUCCGUGGCCGCGAGCUUGGGACACCUCCACUGUCCAAACAACCUGCUCGGCUCAUGCUUCCACCUCCUCCACCUGUUCGGUCUCACAAACUUGUUACUCAUCCCUCUUUUCUCCUCGGUCUGAAGGUGUUCCUUUUCGGCUGCAAACUCUUUCUGCUCAGUUAUCCUUGCUCGCCAUUCGCGACCAAAGCGUGGCUUGUGUAUCCACUAAUGGGUCUUGCAGUCUUGGAUCUCACGGUCUGGAAGAAGACCACAAAGAAAAGCUUGGUUCUGAUGGUGGUGCACGUAUUGAUCGUAGGACUGGCAAGAAGGUGGAGCGUAUUGUGCAGUGGUGGGCCAAGGUGGAAGGAAGGAGGGCUAUAUGAGGGAUUGUGA